UCUACCCACAUAAUAACGGCUGUGAUCGGGUCGGGAGUGCUCUCGCUGGCCUGGUCCAUCGCCCAACUCGGCUGGGUGGUUGGACUGGCCAGCUUGAUCGGGUUCUCCCUGAUCACGUUGUUCGCCUCUUUCCUGCUGGCGGACGCCUACCGUCAUCCAGAUGGCCGACGGAACUACACCUAUCUGGACGCCGUGCGGGCCCAUUUGGGUGGGCGCAGGGUCCAGCUCUGCGGGCUAGCCCAAUACUCUAACCUGGUGGGCGUCACGAUCGGCUACACCAUCACCGCCUCCAUCAGCAUGGCGUAA